GCAGUCUUUCCACAGGACUUUCUUCACAGGAAACAGUUGGCUUCCUGAAAAGCGUCCACCAUGCCAGACGAUUUUUCCCGCCAGUUUGAGGGCCAAGUGGUCAUUGUGACCGGGGCAAGUUCAGGUCUUGGGGAAGAGAUGGCCCUGGUAUUUGCCGAGAGAGGCGCCAAAGUGACCCUGUGUGGCCGGAACGUGGAAAGACUUGAGGCCUCUAUAGCCAAGUGUCAGAAAGCAGCGGGAGGCGCUAAAGACAGAUUCAUCACGGCAAUAGGAGACGUCACAGAUUCAGAGAUGAGAAAAAACAUAAUAAAAAGCACCGUAAAAGCGUUUGGUCGCAUAGACGUGCUCGUAGCGAACGCCGCCUCUGUUGGGUACACUGAUGGAUUUCUGUCCGAAACGGAAGAGUACUUCGAUUUAAUGAUGAACUCCGUUCUGAAGUCUUCGUUUUUCAUCAUCCAAGAAGCCAUACCAGAAUUAGAGAAGUCGAAAGGCAAUGUGGUCAUCAUAUCUUCGAUCGGCAGCACGACUCCUACUGGUAGAAUGAUUCUGUACGCCAUAGCAAAGUCCGGAGUGGAUCACAUGACCCGCUGUCUGGCAGUCUCGCUGGGUCCGAAAAACAUCCGCGUUAACGCCACCAACCCUUCUAUUGUCAACUCGAACGCGUUCAGAGACUGGGAUAAGAAGCUGGGUAUGAACUUCAUGGAUGCGUCUAAGAAGAUUCACGGUCCUCAACACCCGCUGGAAAAGCGCUGUUCCACUGCCAGGGAACAGGCUAACGUCGUGGCCUUUUUGGCUAGCAAAGACGCCCAUUUUGUCACGGGGCAGUGUUUAAAGGUUGACGGGGCGUACUCUCUCUACAAGGGCAUCUGAGACGGACAUACUCAUAGACAACGUGAGGGAAGCAAAGAUAAAUAUUGCAUGUAUAAAUCAGAGACAGAAAUGAUUUCUCUCUUAAGGAAGGAAUAUGAAUGUUUUAUGGUGUACAGAUGCCCUAUAUAAUAAAAUAAAGAUAAAAGACAUA